AUGGCCUUGUACACCUACGACACACGCCCCAGCUUCUCUUCUGACGUCCUUGUCCGGGGCACACCAGAAUACGAUCGCUGUCGUCGCAAUAACCCCAGUGCAACAACACCAGACCGCUAUCCACGCGAGAUACAUGUGGUCAAGUCACCCAAACAAGUCUCGGCAGCUCUCCAACGAGCCACUGAACUUGGUGUCACCGUCGGUAUCCGUGGCUCCGGCCAUGCCUUCCCUCUGAGCGCACUGAUUGAGGACGGCAUACUCAUCGACACUUCCAGCUUGAACCGCUAUGUUGAUUAUGAUCCCCACUCCCGUGAGAUCUCUUUUGGUCCUGCUGUCCGUGUAGAGGAAGUCGCAGCAAAGCUUGCAGAGGUUAAGCGCUUCUUUCCUCACGGCCACGCGCCUACUGUCGGCGCCGCAGGCUUCUUGUUGGCGGGAGGACAAGGCUGGUUUGUGCGAGGUUGGGGAGCCACAUGCCAGGAAUGGAUUACUCAGAUGGAGAUCGUGGUCCCCGAUGGCCGCAUUGUCAUUGCGAGCCCUACAGAGAACACUGACCUGUUUUGGGCCGCGAGAGGCAGCGGCUUGGGCUUCUUCGGUGUCGUAACCAAAUUCUGGGCUCGCACAAUUCCUAGCUCUCAGCUCUGGGAACGGACUUUUACUUUCCAGCUCCGUGAUAAGUACGAGACCUUGCUGACAUGGUUCUUCGAAAAGGCCGAAGAUACCCCCAAGUAUGGCACCGAUCUCAAUCUCACUAUCUUCUAUCCGGAAAAGUACGACAACACCAUACUCACGGAUGACAUACCCAAGACGUCCCAGCUACACCUCGGUCUCAGUCUUUUGUGCUAUUCUGACACUGAACGGGAAGCUCGGACCCUGCUGAGUGCUUACGACGAUGUUCCGGAGAGUGUGAAGGACUGCUUGGUCGACAUGCGCCCUGUUUCAAAACGAGAGUUCACCGACAUAUUCGACAAGAAGCGUGAAUUCAUUGGGAAUAAGUACGGUGAGAACUGGCAGAUUCUUAGUCUGCUCAGCGAACCAACCAUUCCCAUUCCACGACUCAUUGAAGCCCUGAAGCCUGCUCUCACUGAGCUCGAAACGCGCAUCACCUCGGUGUUUAUCUGCAUUUGCGAUAUCGUCGCCAACGAGAAGGUCGCUUCUUUGAGCAUCCCACAAAAGUACUACAUUUCUACCGUCACAGGCUGGCUCGACCAAAAGAAGGGGCCUGCGAUCAAGCAACGGAUGUUGGAGAGAUACAAGCGCGCUCUACCAGUCGCAUGUGGCACAUAUCCUGCAGACUACGAUCCCAACGUUGAAGACGCAAAUAGCAAACCUAUGUCUGACGCCGCACUCGCCAAGUUCCUCAAGAUCCGAGCCAAAUGGGACCCCAAUGACAUGUUCCCCAACUACAAGCAGUUUAUCAAAACAAACGAGAAGAUUAACAAGCUUUUGACCAAGCCUUCGCUUUAG